AUGGAAAACUAUAUUGAAACUGAUUUGAUUAUUAAUCACAAGGACACAGAGUUAAGGUUGGGAUUACCUGGAAAUGAUGAUGAACAAGGUAAAUGUUCAUGCAGUACUGAAUCUGUUGUUAGAAGUAACAAGAGAUCUUUCUCACCGGAAACAAGUGUUGAAGAGUCUUCCAUUUGCAAUGCUUCUAGUUCCUCAACCACAAGUGAUCAUGAUCAAUGCACUGUUCAACCUUCAAAGGUACAAGUAGUUGGAUGGCCACCAAUUAGAUCGUUUAGGAAGAACAGUUUACAACAGAAAAAAGUGGAAGAAGAAUGUGGAAUGUACGUAAAAGUAAGCAUGGCUGGUGCACCUUACUUGAGAAAGAUAAAUCUCAAAGUUUACAAAAGCUAUUCAGAACUUCUCAAAGCUUUGGAAGAUUUGUUCAACUGCACAUUGGGUGAAUAUUCAGAAAGAGAAGGGUAUAAUGGAUCUGAACAUGCUCCUACUUACGAGGACAAGGAUGGUGAUUGGAUGUUGGUUGGAGAUGUUCCAUGGAACAUGUUUAUAUACUCAUGCAAGAGACUGAAGAUAGUGAAAGCAUGA